GGUGCCCGAAACAUUUGAAGAAUUGUAGCACUUUCAGUUGCGCCGACCAUUUUCUGGCUGCGCACUUUAUGUGAUCUCAAGUUUCUCGAGUAGCAGUGAGAAUGGAGACUUUAAUCGAGAACGGCGAUGGCCAACUCACAAUUCAAAAUCUGCAACCUCCCACGAAACGGAAACCUACGAGUGCAUUGACCGUGGAAGACAAAGAGAACCAGAAGCACGUCGCAGAGGCACGGAAAAAAUAUGGCAGAGGCCGUCCCGUUCGGGUAAACGAGGUCAAAGACAAGAAGCUGCGUGCGAAUCUCAAGAGAAUUGAGAACAAAUACCGAACGGCGGUUUUGAACGCAAAGGAUGCAGAGAUUCUGUACGAGAACCAGGAAGGUUUCCUGCAACCGGAAAACGAACUGGAAAAGACCUACAAAGUCCGACAAGAAGACAUUCUAGAUGCAAUCGGUGUCCAACAGGCCAGCAAAGCCAUCGACUUCAAACUCGAUCUCGGUCCAUACGUGGCGGAUUACACCAGAAAUGGACGUAGUUUACUGCUAGCAGGAAGAAAAGGACACAUCGCCACAUGUGAAUGGCGAGCAGGGAAGCCAGGUUGUGAGUUACACCUCAAUGAAACGGUCCGGGAUGCCAAAUGGCUGCACAAUGACCAGUACUUUGCUGUGGCUCAAAAGAAGUAUACCUACAUUUACGACCACGCCGGGGUUGAGAUCCAUUGUCUGAGAAAGUACGUGGAGACUCUGCACCUCGAAUUUCUACCCUAUCACUUCCUUCUUGCGGGCGCCGACACGAGCGGGUUCCUGAGAUACACCGACACCUCGACAGGGCAUAUAGUGGCCGAGCACCCAACUCGGAAAGGACCGCCUACCGCUCUUGCCCAAAACCCGUGGAAUGCAAUUUUGCACGUGGGCCAUCAAAACGGAACAGUAUCCCUGUGGUCUCCCAACUCUACGACGCCUUUGGUCAAGAUGCAGACCAACGCUGGGCCUGUUCGGUCCAUUGCCAUCGACCGCUCGGGGCACUACAUGCUGUGCGGAGGUCAAGAUCUCCGUCUCAAACUCUGGGACAUUCGCUCAUUGAAAGAAGUUCACUCAUACACCACCCGUCAGCCCGCAUCUUCUAUCGAGAUCUCGGAUCGUGGUUUGGCGGCCAUCGGCAGCGGCACUGGGGUAACUAUCUGGAAAGAUCUUUUCACCACAUCCACCUCCGCAGAGCCCGCCAAGGUCCAAUCGCCCUACUUGAACUGGGGUAACGACGGACGUCGGGUUGAGCGUGUGCGGUUCUGUCCGUUUGACGAUAUCCUUGGCAUCUCACACUCGGAAGGGUUCAGCAGCAUCGUUGUCCCGGGCGCGGGCGAACCCAACUAUGACGCCCUCGAAGUCAAUCCCUACGAGACUCGCAAACAGCGACAAGAAGCAGAAGUCCAGGCUCUGCUUACGAAGCUGCAGCCCGAAACUAUCGCACUUGAUCCCCACUUCAUCGGUACAUUGGACACGCGUAGCGCAGAACAGCGGAAGCGGGAGAAGGAUUUGGAUGCGCCGCCUGUAGAUCCUCUGGCGAAACUCAAAGAGCGGAAGCGUGGUCGGGGGAAGAACAGCACAGUAAGAAGAUAUUUGAGGAAGAAGGGCGGAAAGAACGUGAUUGAUGAGAAGAGGCUGCGGCUCGAGGAGAUGAAAAAGGAGCGAGCUGAAAGAGAAAGGGAGAAGCUCAAGAGGGACAAGGUUGAACUCGGUCCUGCAUUGGCGAGGUUUGCACGGAGAGGAGCGUGAUAUCGCAGUCGAUUUUUGGAAUCGGCUGUGUCUUCACCGAGUUGUUUAAAGAGUUUCGAGUCCGUGGGACCUGGUAGACUGGAGCCGACAUCUCUAACCGUUUUGAAGGUGUCUUAUCUAACGCUAUGAUAAAAGUGUGAGACAUGCUAUCCAAAUGUGCCGGCCAUGCCAGCACCCACGCUCAUGCCGACUAAACAUUUUGGGUCCUGGGUCCAAAGUUUUCAUCAUCUCUUUCGUGUCCACUUAAUCUAAAUCCUUCCGCCUGAGUACCAAUUCUCCC